AUGUCCUCUUCUUCGAGAGGCGACUCUGAUAUCUUUGAGUACACUUCUGGGCGCUUUUUGGCUGCCUGCCAUUCCGUCGGUCGCCGUCUUAAUGACGUGGCUGCGAUCACGAAGCUCGCCGAGGGGGGCUUCAACCGCGUCUUACAAAUCACCUUCGAUGGUGGAUAUGCAGUCCUGGUAAGAUUGCCGUAUAAGACGACCGUUCCCAAACAUCAUGCAGUGGCCAGUCAAGCGGCCACACUCACCAAUCUGCGUGCUCAUGAGGUCCCCGUCCCCAAAGUCCUUGCCUACUCCCCAGAUCAGACAAACGCCGUUGGUGCCGAGUACAUUCUUUUGGAAAGACUUGAAGGAAUACCCUUGAGCGCCCAGUGGUACUCCAUGGACACCAAAACUCGUGUCAAACUCAUGCGACAAAUUGUGGAUGUGGAGAGACGUUUCAUGAGCAUCCGCUUCCCAGCAAGCGGGAGUCUCUACCACCGCUGUGAUCUUGGAAGCUCACAACGCGUGAUCCCGGUCUCGGACGACAUUGUCGUGGGUCCAACCGCACAACAUGGGACUACAUUCUCUUCAAGCUUUGAAGCACCUGCUAAGCGCGAGAUGGAGUUUUGUGAAAAGUUUGGCAAACCACGACUACACGUUGAAAGAUACCUGCGAGAACUACACCAGUACCAACCCCUCUCACCCAUUCCGUACCAGCAUCUCCUUGCCGAUUACUUGAAGCUAGCGCCUGGUCUCGACGUUCCAUCCGACCACCGCAUGUCUCGCCCGACCCUUCGGCAUCCGGACUUUUCGCCCAACAAUAUCCUGGUGAAUACGUCCAACGAGGUGGUCGGGAUCAUCGACUGGCAGCAUGCAGUCAUUCUGCCCCUCUGCCUGUGCGCUGGCAUCCCCGACCAUUUUCAGAAUUGGGGCGAUCCCGUGUCGGAGACGUUAUCGAAGCCCGAGGUCAAACUGCCGGAUUAUUUUGACCAACUCAACCAUGAAGAACAGGCGGCGGUUCGGGAGAUAAUGCGGAGACGGAUCGUGCACUUUUACUAUGUAGCAUUGACCAUGAACUCCCUGCCGGAUCAUUUUGACGCUAUCCGAACUGAAAACUGCAUGCUCCGCGCGAAGAAUUUUCAUCAUGCACAGGCUCCCUGGGAAGGAGACUCGGUCUCGUUGAAGUAUGCAAUGAUGCAGGCACUCAGGAAUUGGCCGAUGUCACUGGAUGACGGAACACCUACUGGUUCUGUGGAGUGUCCGGUUCAGUUUUCGGAGGAAGAGAUACAGAAAUUCGCGGAGGACCACCGCCAGGAACAGGAGUUACUACGGGAGCUGGGCGAGAUAAGGGACCUUAUCGGGACCGAUGCCCUGGGCUGGGUUCCAGAUGAGGAUGAGUUUGCACGGUCCAAGGCGGUCAUUCAGAGCAUCAAGAAUGUUUUGAUGGAACAUUCAAGCACCGAGAUGGAGAAAACAGCGGUUGUUCACCAUUUUCCUUUUGAUGACCAUGACGAGAAUCCGUGA